AUGUCGCAACCUGCGGACCCCGAAAAAGCUUCGGGUGGCGGGCACAUCUCGGGCCAGUCCAACAAGCCAUUGAGUCGCCCGGCCCAUGCUCUGUCUCACCAACAGGUUGCCCACGAACUCAAUGCCGAUACCCUCUCCGGUUUGACCGCCGCCGAGGCCCAGAGCCGCAUCAAGGAGUUUGGACGCAAUGAGCUUGGUGAGGGUGAGGGCGUUCAGCCUCUCAAGAUUGUCAUUGCUCAGGUUGCCAAUGCCAUGACCAUGGUGCUUAUCCUGGCCAUGGCUGUCAGUUUUGGAAUUGGCUCCCAUAUUGAGGGUGCUGUCGUUGCCUUUGUCAUUUUGCUCAAUGUCGUCGUCGGUUUUUUCCAGGAGUACUCUGCUGAGAAGACCAUGGACUCCCUCCGUUCGCUGUCCUCGCCUACCGCCUCUGUUAUCCGUGGCAGUGAGGCCACCGUUGUGCCUUCUGGCGAGCUCGUUCCCGGCGAUUUGGUUGAAGUCAAGAUGGGUGACACCAUCCCCGCCGAUAUUCGUUUGAUCGAAGCCAAGAACUUUGAGACCGACGAAGCCCUUCUCACUGGCGAAUCCCUCCCCGUUCGCAAGCGUGUCGACGACGUUUUUGACGACAACACCGGCCCCGGCGAUCGCCUCAAUGUUGCCUACAGCAGUUCCACCGUCACUAAGGGCCGUGCCAAGGGCAUUGUGUUCGCGACAGGCACCUUCACCGAGAUUGGUGCCAUUGCCUCCGCCCUGAACAAGAAGGACUCGCGUGUCCGCCCCGUCAAGCGCAAGCCGAAUGGCAAGGCCGGUCCCCAUCGUUAUCUCGAAGCCUACACGCUGACCCUCGGUGAUGCCGUUGGUCGCUUCCUCGGUGUCAACGUGGGUACUCCGCUGCAGCGAAAGCUCAGCAAGCUUGCCAUGCUUCUGUUUGGCAUUGCCGUCGUCUGCGCCAUCAUUGUGCUUGGUGCCAACGAGAUGCGCACCCCGAAAGAAGUCAUCAUCUACGCUGUGGCCACUGGUCUUUCCAUGAUUCCCGCCUCGUUGGUUGUCGUCCUCACCAUCACCAUGGCUGCUGGCACCAAGCGCAUGGUUGCGCGCAACGUCAUUGUUCGUAACCUCAAGGCUCUCGAGGCUUUGGGUGCCGUCACCGAUAUCUGCAGUGACAAGACCGGUACCCUCACUCAAGGCAAGAUGGUGGCGCGUGGCGCCUGGAUCCCCGGAAUGGGCACCUACACUGUCGAGCUUACCUCCAGCCAGCCUUUUAACCCCACCCAAGGCGACAUUCGCUUUGUUCAGAAGCAGCCCCACGAGAUCAACUUCGGCUCGCAGUCUGAAAAGGAUGACGAAUCGACUAACCCCAAGGGCCCCAUCACCAAGAUCCAGCAGCUCCUCUCCGACAGCAAGGCUCGCCUUCACGAAUUCCUCACCAUCGCCUCGCUGGCCAACCUCGCCACCGUCUUUGAGAAGGAUGGCGACUGGCACGCUCGCGGCGACCCUACCGAGAUUGCCAUCCAGGUGUUUGCCAGCCGCUUCAACAGAAACAGGCUCGACGUCAUGAACGGUGACAAGCCCGAGUGGAAGGAGGUGGCCGAGUUCCCCUUUGACAGCGAUGUCAAGCGCAUGAGUGUGAUUAUGGAGCACACCACCACGAACGAGCACUGGGCCUUCACCAAGGGUGCCGUCGAGAGAGUGAUUGGUGUUUGCACCCGGUACUGCGACAGCGAUGCGGCCGAUGGCGAGAGCUCCGAGGUAGAAAUGACCGACGAGUUCCGCCAGCAGAUCCUGCGCAACAUGGAAACAUUUGCCUCCCAGGGUCUGCGUGUGCUGGCUCUUGCCGGAAGGAAGCUGCCUGCCGGUGCCCAGUUCACCGAGGACACCCCCCGUGAACAGGUCGAGCAGGACCUCACUUUCCGUGGCUUGAUUGGUCUCUAUGAUCCCCCUCGUGCGGAAUCUGCCCCUGCUGUGCGCGAGUGCCACGAGGCCGGCAUUUCCGUGCACAUGCUUACUGGUGACCACCCGGAGACGGCCAAGGCGAUCGCUAUUGAAGUCGGUAUCCUGCCCAGGAGAAUGGAGCGGGUUAGCGCCGACGUGGCCGCCUGCAUGGUGAUGACGGCCUCCGAGUUUGAUGCUUUGAGCGACGAGGCGGUUGAUAAGCUCCCCGUGCUGCCCCUGGUCAUUGCUCGUUGCGCCCCCAGCACCAAGGUUCGCAUGAUUGAUGCCUUGCACCGCCGCGGCAAGUUCUGCGCAAUGACUGGUGAUGGUGUGAAUGAUUCUCCCUCCCUCAAGCGCGCCGACGUUGGUAUCGCCAUGGGCGAGUCCGGUUCCGAUGUUGCCAAGGAUGCUUCCGACAUUGUGCUCACUGAUGACAACUUUGCCUCCAUCGUCGCUGCCAUUGAGGAGGGCCGCCGUAUCUUUGACAAUAUCCAAAAGUUUGUGCUUCACGUGCUUGCUGAGAACAUCGCCCAGGCCGGUACCCUCCUCAUCGGUCUCGCCUUCAAGGAUCGUUCUGGCCUCUCCGUUUUCCCUCUCGCACCUGUCGAAAUCGUCUGGAUCAUCAUGGUCACCUCUGGUCUUCCCGACAUGGGUCUUGGUUUUGAGCGCGCCGUUCCCGAUAUCAUGCGCCGUCCUCCACAGAGCCUCAAGACGGGCAUCUUCACCCUCGAGUUUUGCGUGGAUAUGGUUGUGUACGGUCUCUGGAUUGCCGCUUUGUGCUUGGCUUCCUUCGUGCUCAGAGUGUACGCUUGGGGCGACGGCAGCUUGGGCGAGCGUUGCAACGAGGAGUAUUCCGAGGCCUGCGAAACUGUCUUCAAGGCUCGCGCCACCACCUUUGCCUGCCUCACCUGGUUCGCCCUGUUCCUGGCUUGGGAGUUGGUCGACAUGCGCCGGUCCUUCUUCCGCAUGCAGCCCGGCAGCACCAAGUACUUUACCCAGUGGUUCCACGACGUCUGGAGAAACCAGUUCCUCUUCUGGGCCAUCGUCGGUGGCUUCGUCACGCUCUUCCCUGUCGUGUACAUUCCCGUGCUCAACACCAAGGUCUUCAAGCACGUCGGAAUUACGUGGGAGUGGGGCAUCGUCUUCAUUGCGGCUGGUCUUUUCUUUGCUGGUGUCGAGCUGUGGAAGUUUGGUAAGCGCGUGUACUUCCGCCGCACGGCCAAGAAGACCACGGGUAAGCAGUGGAAGGAUCUGGACAUUGAGGAGAGAGUGUUUGGUGAAUAUUUGAGCAGCGGGUAUGAGUCCUCGGAGAGCCGCCUUCCGGAUACCGGACGGGAUUGA